AAAGAGAGCAUCUGAAGCAAGGAGAAGCAAGAAUAGAGGAAAAAGACAUUUACAUUUACAUACCUCAAGCUGAAGAGAAGUGAAGAUCCCAUGAUGAAGGUCCUACCCAUUCUGGCCAUGAUGCUACUCGGGACGUCUGCCAUGGUGCUCAAUGGUCUACACUCCACUGAUCCUAAGCGGGUCUCUGGGAAGGUCAAGGACUUUCUCCCAUGUCCUGGCCAUUCUACCUGGUAUAAACUGGGGAACAAAUGUGUUAAGCACUUCACGGAAGAAUUGGACUUUCAAUCUGCUGAGGAUUUCUGCCACUCUCAAAAGAGCAAAGCUCAUCUGAUAUCAAUCCACUCUGCCCUGGAGAACGACAACGUGGAUGUUUUUGCUCAGAGGUUCAGCAGAAAUUCCCCUCGCAUCUGGCUUGGCGGUUUUACAGUAUCCAACCCUCUUCAGCCUCACCGCUACCUCUGGACUGAUGGGUCCCCCAUGAACUACUAUUCCUGGCUUCAGAACCCCAGGCAGCCAUCCGGUGAUGGACACUGCAUGGAAAUGAACUGGCAAGGAAAAGGGGAUUGGAAUGAUAAGCCGUGCAGCCAAACAAAUUACUUUCUGUGUGCCUUCAUACCUGGUGAAAGAGAGGAAACGAAAGGAGGAGAAGAAGAAGAGGGGACGGUGGAGAAAGGGAGUGGGAGGUUUAUCAUUUAAAGUAGAUGACAGUUGAGCAGUAUAGCAGUAUAUACAACCUGUCAGAUACGCUUUGCAUUACAGCUUUCUCAGACAUCACGACACCAGGACCCUGUAAAAUGUUAGAGAAAACCCACUGCUCAAAAACUAAGCCUUUGUUAGCUAAAAGUUUUCACCAUCACAGUCAGUUUCAGUCCGCCCAAAGUAAGAUUUAAUGAAACAACUGAUUGUAUUAGAAACCUCUAAACACAUUGCAUUUGAGAAUUCUAUCUAGGCCUAUUGUCAGAACACAGUAACCUAAUCUAUUUUCAGGGGGAAUGGUGUUGAUAAAAUACUGCUUCACUUGUUUGUACUAUGAAACACUGUGCAUUGCUUGACUAGCAAAUAAAAAAGGAAUACAAAAAUA